AUGUUUGACUCCUUAUUCUGUGGUACGUGUGCUAGAAUUUUUCGUUUAUGCGCAAUUACUCAAUUUAUACAACAUAAGUCAGAUGGUUGUUCCAGACUAAGUUUUGGCAAUCCGCUAUUUUUGGAAUGUUCUCACUGUGAUGAAUGUUAUAUCUCACCAUUAGAUCUUAUUGCGCAUGUUGAAUGUGCACAUAGAAUAUCCAUAAUGAAACAUAGAUCGUCAAGCAUGGCUAACGACAGUAAUGGAUUCCUACAAGAAGUAAUGUCAGUCUCAGACACAACAAGUUCAUCCUUUAUCGUCACUGAAGACAAAAGUAGCCAUAACUCGAUUAAUUCAAACGAUGGGAAGUUGGCACCCUGUCAGUCGGUGAGUCAAGUGCCAUCAGUAUUAAGUUCUUGCUCAACAAACUACAGUUCAGUGGGUCCUAGUAGCUCUAUUCCUUCGGUUGUUCGUAAAACAUGCUGUCUUGUGGAUGGAAGUUCUCCCUGUACUCAAAUGUCUUCAUGUCCAAUUUUGUUUUCUCGUGAUUCUGAUGGCGAAGCGGAAUCCGAAUUCAGAGAUAAUUCUUUGAAGGUCUCGAAUACUUCAAACCCAGAUACGACGUCGCUGUGUAAUGAAGUAACUUACUGUACACAAACACCGCUUGUUUGUGGUGAACGGAAGUCACGAUCGAAUUUUAUCUGUGAAUACUGCAAAAGAGAGUUCUCACAAAAAGUACAUUUACAAAAACAUAUAAUGUCGACUCAUACUAAAAACAAACCAUUUAAAUGCUCAGUCUGUUCUUACCAAACUGUCGAGAAAAGUCAUUUAAAGACUCAUUUCCGGAAGCAUACGGGAGAAAAACCAUUUUCCUGUACUCUAUGCACCUACAGGGCAGCUCAACAUUCUACACUAAAACAGCAUUGUAUUAAGAAACAUCGUAAUGCAUUUCUUUCUUGCAUAAACUGCAGCGUUCGUUUUGUAACACUGAACGAACUUGAAAAUCAUCAAAAAUUAUGUUUUCCUUAG